AUGUCUUCCUCAAUGGACACUUUUAGCGAGGCCGAGGUCACCUUCGAGGCUGGGAACUGGGCGGCAGCCCGGGAAAAUUUUCAGAAAGGGCACAAGGACAAAAAAGCAAUGGCAGAAUUUUUGGCGCACCAAACUACACCUCAGCAAGCUAAAAGUAGCUGCCUUGGAAGCUCAGACGAGGGCAAAUAG